AUGGAUUUACGGAAUUCUCGUCACAAUUCAUAUUCGGACGUUCGGAUAUUACACGAUGAACCAUAUAUGCCGUUAAGUGCCCGAGAUUCAUACGGUUCACAGAAGGCACCGAUGAUGAUGUACAAUCAAUAUGGAGAUGAUUAUUUAGACAAAGCCUUGUAUUUAGAAAACAGGAUGAGAAUUCAAAAGAACAUCAUCAGCCGGCACAAGACAGAGGCUGUAAAAACACAAUACAAAGAAGACAAAGUGUUGUCAAAACAUAACAGUUCGAAUGAUUUUCUAAAACCUCAAAAGUCAUAUUCAAGUUUGUUUAGUAAGCAGAAUAACAAAUCCAACAAAGGACAGGGAAAUUAUCAAAAUGGAGGUCCUAAUGUUGAGGAUGUCUGGAUUCCGAAGGACAUGCCCAUGGAUAGGAACGACCAUGAUUAUCAGAUCCCUGAAACAUUGGAUACCGCCAGAGGUAAAGCAAGAUAUGCUCUAGUCAGAUUAAAUAGCUAUGAACAAUCAAAUGUAUCACAAAUGCACAUGGAGACCGUAAAUCCGUUAGUUUUACCGCCAUCAUUCGCGAGUCAAAACAUUCCCGUAACUUACAAUGCAAAAACGGGCUUUCCUAACAAUCUAGUGAAACGACAUUCAGUCGAUCCGAACAAUUUUAUUGGAUCAGAAAAUCGAGAAAUUCUAGAAAAGGUAAAUAACGGUAAUGAAAACAUUCUAGAUGAAACGGAGAAUUACAGCAAUAAAAGGGAAGUUUCAUACAACAGUAGGCGGUUGGUCAAGAAAAACUCAAAAAUCACUCUUGAUGACUUAAUUUUGAAUGAAAAAGAGAAGAAACAUCCUCUGAUUUCGCGAAAAUCUAAACAAUCCUUGAAAGUUCCUCCAAAGGAACCUGGAAAUGAAAUUGACAAGAUAAACUAUGAAGAAUUAGCCCAAAAUAUGAAUUUGGCGCGCGCACAUGAAAGACAUCCAUCGCGUGAUACGAACCUUACUGUUUCAAGGAAAAGCUCGACGAUCAACAGUCGUCAGUCUACCAUGAGCAAGAUUUCAAGAAAACAAAACGAAACACCCCUUUCUGUUCAUUCGGUACCUUCUUCUGCUACAACUGCAUCUCCCGCUUUAAAACAUUAUCGUUCGAAGAAACGUGUAAACAAGAGGAGUUCCGGAAAGGAAGACGAAGUUGCAAAAACUACUGAUACUGUGGUCAUGUCUGAUAGAACAAAACAUGAAAACGAAGUACCAGUGAAGAAAAGGGACAGCCGACAACAAACUGAUACUAUGGUUAUGUCUGAUAGAACAAAACGUGAAAAUGAAAUACCAGUGAAGAAAAAAGACAGCCGACACCAAAAUAAUUCUCAAUUAAACGAUGCUGCGAAACCUGAUUCGUUGCCGUCAACAAAGAAACAACAAAAAACCGUCAAAUCAAAUAACACAGUGCCGUUUGAAAAUUCAUUUCCGAAAACGACAGAAAAUAACGUUGAAGGGAAUGAUAAUGGACGAAAAAAUAAUAAAAUAUCAGAAGACAGAACAAAACAAAGAAAUUCAAAGUCAAAUACACAAAAAACGGACAGAAGUGAUGUAUCAGAAGUGGGCAAAGCAAAACACAAGAUCUCAAAUACAGAACAUGUAAAAUCAAAAAUACCAAAAGCGAAUGAACAAAAGAGAAAAUAUACAGAUAAAAAUCAUGUUUUAAGGAAAACAGAUUCGUUCAAAAUGAUGGGAAACAGUUCAGAAUUUUUCGGCUAUUGUUCUGUUCCAGAGGAAGAGGAAGAAGGUACAACCAAAAAACCAAAAUCAAUACUUAAGAAAUCUAGAACGGACCCCGAUAGACCAGAUACCGCAUAA